AUGCAAACCACAAUUCAAGCUCGGGUGAAGUUCCUCGCGGAAACGUAUUCCAACAAAGAGGUGUUUGUGUUUGUGUCCACCACUGGACUACGAAGUGCGCUGUCAUGUCUGGACGUGUACGAGCUGUCUUCCAAGGUUGGAUGGCUUCUGAGAAAAGCGGGAAUUAAGCCAGGAGAUGUCAUCUGCGACACACUUCCCAAUUCUCCCGAAAUGGUCAUUUGUGAUUUUGGCAUAUUAGCAGCAGGUGGAGUGAUUCUGAACAAAACUGCUUAUCGCUCUGACGGAAGUGAUCUCUGCCAUAUGUUGAACACUUCAAAAUGCAAAGUGGUCAUAGCAGAUCAAAACCAGUCACCUUGCGUCUGGGAGAUCCUUAAAAAGCAAAUUGAUGAGAUAUCCAGUGAUGGCCUGGUCCGGUCUGAAAAGCUUCCAUUCCUAGAGCGUGUUAUAUUUGCUCCCAUAACCAAUGGGAACAACGAAUUUAUUAAGAGAAUUAAAACAGAAGAAAAUUACUUUUACACUUCUAGCUCGCCAUCUGACGCGGGAAUCAUCUGGAUGACGUCUGGAACAACAGGUCUACCGAAACUGAUCGUACGUUCACACGAAGCUGUGCUGAUCAAUGCUCGGAUCUUUGCAUCAAUAACCAAUGAGAGUUUCAGCACCGUACAUUACAACGAUAUCUCAAUGGGACACGCAUCUUCGUUUGCAAAUUCCUUUUUGGCAUCGUGUGCGAAACGUGUUUUCAUAGAUCAUAGAUUCCAACUUCCCGUAGACAAAGAAAUGUUUAUUUGGGAACUGGUGUCCUCUGAAAAAUGCACAACGGCCUUGAUGCAACCUUUUGUCUUUAGAGGAAUUUUAAGGAAACCAGAGCUACUAGAAAAACGAAAUUAUCUUUUGGAUUUUCUGUGUGCCGCUGGACAACCCGUGGACAAAGACUGGUCGGAGAUGCUGGGUAAAAUAACGCGAUCUGCUUGUUUUGCAUAUGGCUUAUCUGAAGUAGGCUACUGUUGCUCACAACUGUGUGCGACGUCAUCGGACGUGCUUCCCUAUGUUGCUGGUCAUCCGUCAGCAGAAGGCAUAGAGGUAAAGGUCGUAGAUGAGAAUCAGCAAGAAACAUCCCCAAAUACGCAUGGCGAGCUAUUGGUGCGUGCUCCUUGGAUGUUUGAUGGCUAUUUGGGAAAUGAAGAGAAAAGCAAAUCAAAAUUCACUCAGGAUGGAUGGCUUAAAACGGAUGACCUUGGCUACAAGGACAAAGACGGGUGUCUCUUUGUCAUGUGUCGACGAUCUGACGCCAUUGCCUGGGGAGUGCGCACUGUGUAUCCGUCAUACUUUGAAACGCCCAUACGGUCAUUGUCAGUCAUUGCUGAUGUUAUCAUCGUUCCUGUUCCAGAUAAGGACACAUUCCAAGAAAUUUGCGCAUGCAUACGUCUGUGUAAAGGAAUUGCCCUUAAUGAGAAAGAGGUAGCUGAUAUGUGUGAUUCGUUGUUUGUUGAAGGCUCCGACAUGCCUGCGCCAAAGUAUUACAUGGUAAUGGAGAACUUCACGUACUUGUCAUCAGACAAACCUGACAAAACCAAACUGAUCAGCAUGGCGAAAGAAAAGUUUAACCUCAAUUAA